AUGGAAAGAACACAAUUUACAGUCAUAUCUCUAACUGACUACCUAUGGACACCGAGGAAGUUUAGAACUAAACACACGGACCUGUUCCCAACCACACAACUCACAAUAUCCAUAUGGGACACUUUUAUGGAGACUAUAGGCCACAAGGACACAUUACACACCAAAUCCCCAAUCUCAGUCUUAAGAACAAUAGUACCCAACAUCCCCCUUAAGGACUGGAACACAGCAGGAAUGACAAAAAUAUCACAGCUCUUAGACGCCAAAGGCAUAAUACCAUUCCCAGUCCUACAAACACAGUGGCAACUCCCAAACAGAGCUAUCUUUUCCUACCUACAACUAAAAAGUGCGAUACAAGCACACACACCUUCACUGCAUACACCACCAGACGCGACUAGACUCACCUCUUACUUACUCCUAGACAGAUGCUGGACAACACCCACAAAACCCAAAACACUUACGCUAUGCUACAAGGCAUGGCAAGAACUCUCAACAACCACAUCGCACCCCUAUAAACUCGAUUGGGAGACAGACUGGGGGACAGUGCUGACGGACUGCGACUGGCUACGCGCCCUCAACGGCCUCUCCAAAUGGACAAAGUGCUACACCCACAAAAAAACUCCUCUACCGCUGGUACAUGACCCCACAGAGACUUCACCGCAUAUACCCCAAUACGCCCAAUACUUGCUGGAGGUGCAAUGCAACUACAGGAACCUUGGAGCAUCUGUGGUGGUCUUGCGGCAGUAUCCAACCACUUUGGACCGCCGUAUCCACAACCCUAGACCAACUUCACAUCCCUAA